AUGGCGACAAAUCCAUUGAAGGAGAUUCCACCUCCAGUCAUGGCAAAAGGUACAGUUGUUUUCCCUCCUUACUUGCAUCGUGAAGGUUUUGUGCCCCGAAAAUUGGCCGAUUUCGGGGAUGGAGGUGCUUUCCCUGAGAUUCACAUUGCUCAGUAUCCACUUGAUAUGUACAGAAACCUGUCUGCUGCCAGACCCAGGUCCAAAAUUGUAUCGGUCACUGUUGAUGCUCAUGCCAAUGUCAUGCAUGAUGCCAUUGCGAGACAGGACGAGAACUUGAAGAAGAUUGUUUACUCACAGCUUGAGGAUAUCAUUCCCAAGAUUUUGAAGGGCGAGGAUGAAGAAGAAGAAGAAUUCCACGACGAUGAGAUCGAGAUGCAGAAAGAAAUCGAGCAGACUACCGGGGAAACGAAAGCUGCUCUCGAGAAAACAUUGAAUGUGAAAUUGAGUGCAGCACAUCCCAAAAAUGUUCCCCAACAUUCCUCUGACCCGACUUACUUCACAUACAGUCUAUCUCAGUCUUAUGAAGCAUCAUUCAAUUCCGGUGCAAACGAAAGGAUUGUCAGAAUGGCGAAUCAUCCUGUCGACCCACUCGAGCCACCGAGGUCCAAGCGCAAGAAGUUUCCAAGAGGUUCUGGCUCUCCACCAGUUCCAGUGAUCCAUUCCCCUCCUAGACCGGUGACGGUCAAAGAUCAACAGGACUGGCAAGUUCCACCUUGUAUCUCAAAUUGGAAGAACCCCAAGGGCUAUACUAUCCCACUCGAUAAGCGCAUGGCUGUGGAUGGGAGAGACUUGUUGGGUGUCCAGAUCAGCGAUAAUUUUGCAAAAGUUUCCGAGUCGUUAUACGUUGCUGAGCAGAUGGCUAGGGAAGGAGUUGAGAUGAGAUCGAAAGUUCAAAAGGAAAUAAUGAUGAAGGAGAAGGAAAGAGCAGGAACUUCGGACCUUAGCUCAGAAGGCUAG